ACUAAUGUUUUCAUUCUGGCGCCAAAAUGUAGUGCCAACAGGUAACAUAUAUUAUAACAAAGUCAAGUGUUAAUGUUUAUUUACUCUAUAAAAGUGUUUCUUUUAUCAAUUAAAAAUCAAUACUUUUUAAUUUAAAAAGCAUUAUAAACAUGAAGGACAUUACUCAUUAUUUUGCUGAUCCGUUAAAAUCACCGGAAACAAAUUCCACUUUGCCUAAAGAGGUUAAUGAUGUCAAUUUAUCGGAAAAAUCAACAAAAUCUAAUUCUACUGCGAAAAAACGUGGAAGAAAAAAAAAGAAAUCAACUUCCCCUGAUGCAAAAGAUACGAAAAGAAGUAAAUGUGAGUUAGAUAUUGAAAUUAUGAAACCACCAGUGAAACAUGCAAAUGGUGGACCUGUAAAGGACAAUGUACCGGAACCUCCAGAUGCUGAUGAAGCGAAAACAUCUUCUGAACGUCAGGAUAAUCAGGAAAAAACUCCUGUUCAAGGUACAGAAAAUUCUACUUCUGAAGAAAAUGGAAAUAAUCAUUCUCCAGGUAAUUUAGAAUCAAAGGAAAUUAAUGACACAAUUGAAGUGCAACAAAAUGGACAAGAAACAAAUGAUGAUAGUGAUAGUUGCAUUAUUGAUAAGAGGGAAAGAAUAAACAAUGUCAACGAUGGAAUACCAAAUGUCGAAAAUGAUAAAAAUUCUUUAGUGGUUCAAAACUCCACAGUGGAAUCUGAGGCUUCAAUUAAAAAAGAAAAGAAGAAAAAACGCAAAGAAAAUCUGAAAGCACUUGCCGACAAGAAAGGAUUUACCAAACGAAAACAAUUGGAAGACAAAGAGAGCGAAGAAAUGGAGAAAACUUUAGAAUCACGUAAAAAUGUAUUUACAAAUGUUCCCAAGAGAGAUGAGAAUCAACCGGAAAUCGUUCCUAAACCUCCAGCAUACAGUUUAUUAAAUUAUUUCAGUAAAUCAACACCAGAGCAGAGGCUAAAGGAAGAAGCAGCAAAGUGUAAAAUAUCAGUAAAAGCUGAUGUGCAUUCACCAAAAGACGACAACUCAUCAAGUACACCACCAAAUUGCACACCCACGUCACGUCCGAAAAAUUCACAAAAAAAGAAAAAGAAAGCCGAAAUAAAGAAAGCUCUUUCUCAAAUCGAUGAAAUUCAAUUCAUAAGAUCCGAAAGUAUAAGUCCACCGUCUGUUCUACAGGAGAAGAAAAAAUCCAAUAAACCCAAAUGGCGAAUACAAUUUCAUUCCGACAAUUUUUCAGAUAAUGGAAAUGAUAGCGAAACUUCAUCUCCAAAGGGGAAGAAUAAAAAUCAAAAAUCAGAACAAAAAACACUACAAAACACAGUUUUGAAAGCAAUUGAAAAUGCGACAAAAACAGAGAAUUCAGAUACUGAGAAUACUCCGACGAGAAGAUCAUUAAGAUGUAUGGCACGUAAAAAAACAAAAGAAACAAAUGACAUCGAUGAAAGUAGCGAAACGAAUAAAGUCAGUGACAACAAAAUAAAAACAAUUGACUCUAAAAUUAACAAUGACAACAAUGAAUCAUUGGAUGGUGAUAUAAUGAUCGUUAAAGAAAUUGAUACAAAACGUACAGCACCGGAAAAAAUAGCUCCACUAUUUAUCAAAAAACGAAAAUUAGAUCCCGCCGUCAUUGAAGCACGUCGAAUGUUUUUACAAUCGGAUAUGAACGAAAAUGAGAAUCGUCCAACAAAACGAAAACAAAGUCCCAUUCGUAAUCCUGUAUUACCAUUUCCAUUAAUAACUCACAUUACUCAGCUGGAUUCUGAAAAUAAUUCCGAUAAUUCCCAAGAAAUUAGUGAAAUUAAAUUAAAAAUGAAAACAACUUCGGAUCAUUUACUUUCACUGGAUGUAAGUAAAUUUACAAAUAUGACAAAAAUGAAUUAUUUGCAUGUAGAACGAAGUCUAACGACUUUCGACACAACAAAAUUGGAUAUUGAAGAGACAUUGAGUGAAAUUGAAACACGUUGCAAUGACGCAAGAACAAUGUGGAAUAAUAUAUCGAUUAUCGGAAAAGGUGAAAAUCCGAAAAAAUCGCCAAAAGUACGUGCAUCAAAGCGUCGAUCGUCGGGUAAGAAAAUUGUAAAUGAAGAAGAGAAGAUUAUCGAUAAUGUUUGGAUUCAUAAAUAUAAACCAAGAAGUACUGAAGAAAUCGUCGGCAAUGAACAAUCGGCAGCUAAAUUGAAAAAUUGGUUGGAAAAAUGGAAACUCCCUUCUAGAAGAAAUGAUAACAGUGAUGAUGAUUUCUACUCGUCCGAUUGUUCCAGUACUUGUUCUAUUUCUGAGAAUAAUCAAGUUGCCAUCUUGAUGGGUCCGUUUGGUUCUGGAAAAACUGCGAGUGUUUAUGCAGUUGCUGAAGAAUUAGGUUACAGUGUUUUAGAAAUAAAUGCCUCAUCCCGACGAGCCGGUAAGAAAAUUCUCAAGGAACUGGAGGAAGCAACAAAGUCACACAGAAUAAGAAAAUCAGAUAUGAAGCAAUCGUUUCUGAAAUCAAAAGUCGAGGAGAAGAAGAUUCCACAAAAUUCAUUGAUUCUUAUGGAAGAUGUGAACAUUAUUUUCGAGGAAGAUGAGGGUUUUAUUUCGGCCGCUUAUCAUUUGGCAUCGAAUACAAAACGUCCUAUUGUUAUGACUUGCAGUGACAAAUGUUCUCAUUUAAAUAAAUUAGCUCCACUGCAAAUUCAAAUUAAAUUUGAAGCCAUCACCGGACAUCGAGCCUCAGCUCUAUUGGAAUUAAUUUCCCUAGCUGAAACCGGACGAAAACUUUCUCCAUCCUGCGUUGAGACUCUUCUUUCAAGUGGCGAUUUGAGAAAAGCCUUACUACAACUUCAAUAUUUAUUGGCAACCGGAGAUUCACAUAUUUUACCACCAAUAGUCGACAAUUUCAAUCGAAAUGGUAUGUCCCUUUGGCAAAAAGUGCCACAAUGCAUUUACAAAUCAGUUAUAAAAGAAGGUAAACGUAAAAAAAGAAUAUCACAAGAAGCAAUAAAUGAUGCGGAUAUUUUGGCCCAAAUAGCCGAUGAUCUUGAGAAUGUAUCACUAAUAUCAAAAUUAAUUGAACUUGAUAAUGUAUCGUUGAAUCAUUCUAAUGUAACAUCUGUCAUGAAUUUAUCAUUAACCGAAGACAUGAGGCCUUAUUCACACACAGAUAGUAUAAGUUCAAAUAUUGCCGAUUGGCUAACAAGAGAAAUAAUUCAUAAAAAAGAAGAUACGGAGCAAAAUUCAAUGAAAAUAUUAUCAUCUCUAUGGAAACGAAGAAAAGCGAAUAUUGCCGUUAAUACAAUAUUAUCAACAAUAACCACAGUUAAUGAUAGAAAAAUUCUUUCACAAGAUUAUCUUCCUUGUAUUCGUACAAUUUGUCGCGCCGAGGAAGUAAGAAAUUCCUCAAAUAAUAAACGGGGAAAUAGAUUUUUUCACUAUCUCAAUGGCACAAAAUUACCGUCAAAUUCCACAAAUAUUAUGUCCGCUUGUUGUAAAUAUUUUCAGGAGAAAUCAGAAACAUAGAAAAAUAUUCCUCUUCUUUCAAAAUGGAAAUGAUCUCUUGUGUGAUAUAUCAUUUUUUUUUUAAAUCACUUUAUUAGUAUUUUAUGAAAAAAAUAACGCAAUUUAAAAAGUGCCUUUUGUAAAUUUAGGGAAUUUUUUUUUUAAUUUUACAUGUGCAUGUCACGAGUCUUAUACACACUUUUUCCUUUUUUGUAUACACUAACGUUUUUUCUGUAAAUUUUAGAUUUAUAUGUAUGUACAAUUGUAUUAAAGCAUUGAAGAUUAGAUUAUAAAUUAUAAUGGGAAUGUGUUAUUCUUGAGUAAAAAUAAAUAUAUAUUAUGUAAAUUGACCUUUAGAGUAACAAUAAAUUUUAUAAAAUUUA